GGUCAUCUCGCAAGUUAUCGCAGAAGCCAUAUUCACACAGCUGGCUGGGAGGAAGACUGACUGAUAUAAAGUGCGUACGAUCGAUGGCUCAAGAACGAUCGGCUCUAUUGCUGCAUAGACAGCUUGGAGAGCUUAUGAAGAACCCAGUGGAAGGGUUCUCUGCAGGAUUGAUUGAUGAUGAUGACAUCUACAAGUGGGAAGUAUUGAUCAUAGGACCACCUGAUACACUUUUUGAAGGAGGAUUUUUCAAAGCUCACCUGUACUUCCCUAAAGAUUAUCCUCUCAAGCCACCCAAGAUGAAGUUUAUAUCAGAUGUAUGGCAUCCAAAUAUUGAUAAAAAUGGUGAUGUUUGUAUCUCAAUUCUGCAUGAGCCAGGAGAUGACAAAUAUGGGUAUGAGAAGGCCAAUGAAAGGUGGUUACCCAUCCAUACUGUAGAGACCAUUUUACUCAGUGUUAUAUCUAUGCUAGCUGAUCCAAAUGAUGAAUCUCCGGCCAAUGUUGAUGCAGCAAAAGAUUGGAGGGAAAACCCUGCUGAAUUUAAAAAGAAAGUAGCCAGAUGUGUUAGAAAAAGUCAAGAAGAGUAACACUAGACAAAUAUCCUAUAAUCAAUAUGCAAGGCUAUGGAUCUAACCUCGUAUUCUUCUGGAGUAAUGCAUAUGAAACAUUGCAGCAAUAAGUGACGUCACAGCAGGUUGUUAUCUGCACAUCAGUCACAUAGUGGGACUAUACAACAGACAUUCUUUAUGAAGACUCCCACUGUUCAAGUCAGGGAAACAUUUACUUGAUGCUGCAGGUACCAUAACUCCAUACACUAACAGCAGAACAACCAUCUGAGAUGGAUUUAAGUUAUACUUGUUAUAAGAUAUUUGAUAGCUGGCCGUUAGCUUCACCUUACUUGGAUCAAUUAACAGUUAAGUUUCAGUAAUUGUUAUUUUAUGUAGAUUUUCCCCACAAGUUCCACAUGUCUUGGUUAUUUAUCAGUUCAUGGUGUGGACUGUAAGAGCGGUGCUAUGUCAUACCAGCAGCUCAGAGAUGGACCACAAAUAUGCAGGUACUCUAAAAGUGAGUGAGCAUUGAAAAAGUGAGUGAUACAUAGCCACGUGAAAGCUACUUAGACUGUUUGAUUAAUACAGGCAAACAUGAGGCAUACGUAGUAUGCCAUAGUUCUGUGCUGCUGGUAUGGCUCCUGACAACGAUUCACAAAUUCCUCCGUUUUCGUGAAAGAGUGUGCUGGGAAGCACAAUAACUGUAUAUUCACAUGUGUAUAUAAUUUGAGGUUUGCGUGGUUAUCAGUCAUAGUAAAAUGAACAGAGCAUCACUUCCAGUUUAGAAAUUGGGGGAAAUGCAUGUUUCAGUUUGAUUUUGGCAAGUUAAAAACUUCAGGCACAACAAGACCUUGCUUUGUAAGCAAAAUAUUACCAGACCUUUAGUAAAUUUUGAUAUUCUGAUGUAAUGUGAAUAGUUUUUUCAUUUUAAAACUGCAUAAAAGAAGAGCUAUGGAUUCACUGACUAACACAUUGUCAUAUGUGUAUUGCAAUAACAGUACCUCGAUAUAAGAUUACUUCUUUGACAUUUAUUCAGUUGGAAAAUUGUUAAGUUUGAGAAGUGGUGGGUGUUGCAUACAUUUGUACAGUAUAUUCACGUUCAUAUCCAUUGUAUAAUUAAUAUCUAGCACUGAACUGGGAUUAUUAUUAUUAUUAUUUGCAGACAGGGUUUGUUUAGAAUUGUGCUUGAUUUAGUUGAUAGUGAAAUAGAAGUGCGGCUGCUGUGCAACCGGCUGGUUCGUUUUAGCAAUCUAUACUUCAGCAAAAUAAGAGUGUGCCAGAUUAUAAAUUGCUACCAACUAGUUGAUGAUUGCUUUAAAUUUAGUCCCUGUAGUUUAUAAAUAUUGCUGGUCAAAUUGAAAGAUUCACAUUUUGUGAUAUCUAUAAUAUUGUUCGGGAAUAGGUUUCAAGCAAUCACCCAACAUUUUAUAUAGGGAUUGUUGGUAGUCACUUGGGACGAAUAUUGUGUAUAGCCUCUACGAAUCCUUUUAAUGUUCAUGUUGAGACUUGAACUGGCAAGCAAAGUUCAUUUGAAUUUAUUGUAUUCGAAUCCAGCCAUCCUCUGAAUUUAAGCCUUGUAUGAAGUAUUAUUGUACCACCACGUGCUGUAAGUUCUCUGGCACUCCUACAGGCACCAAGCACCUGUCUCGUACCUCUCAAUGCUUGGGCUCUGAGACAACAAUUUAAAAUUUUUGGUGAACAAUUGCCAGUCCCUGGAAGCUUAUCAUAUACCUUUUUGUCAGGCAAUACUCUAGCCUUGAUUUGGCAGUCAUUUUUGUGUUAAUUAUGACAUUAUUUGUUUGGAAUUAGACUUAGCGAAUGAAAUUGUAGCAACUUGGAUUACUAUUGUAUUGUCAUACACCAUAUAAUGUACAUUAGACAUUAAGUAUUUUAUCAUAAGCCAAGUUGGAGAUGGUGGAGUGUAACUUGUCAUUUUGAUCUUUCAAGGAAUAUGUAAAACAUUCUUUGAUCUCUUGAUUCUUACCAUUCUAGUGUCUAAU